AUGAUAAUUCGUUUUAUUAAUAAAGUGUUUGUGUUUAUAAUUUAUACGCCAACAAGUACCUUCAAGAUGCUCCUAGCGACGGUCAUCGCGUUAGCGGGCAUAAUCGGAGCCGAGGAACUGCCGCCGUCGUGCAGCAGACCGGUGUACUGCAACAGCGACUUGCUACAUCACAUGCAGAUGGCCAGGCUCUACCCCGACUCCAAGACGUUCGUCGACCUGCAGCUUCGAAAGAGCGAGAACGCGACACUGGAAGCGUUCGACCAGCUGCGCAAUCGAACGGACGGAAACCCGACGAAGGAACAGCUGCAGGCGUUCGUCGACGAAUAUUUCGAACCCGGCAACGAGCUGGAGGUGUGGAAGCCGGCCGACUUCAGCGACAGCCCUGCCUUCCUAGCCCAAGUACAGGACGACGCUCUCAGGAAAUUCGCCAAGGACAUCAACGACAUUUGGCCAACCCUCGGCCGGAAGGUCAGACCGAUAGUCUUCGAGAAACCGGAGCGGUACAGCUUCAUACCAAUAUCGAACGGUUUCAUUAUACCUGGAGGCCGAUUCACCGAGAUAUAUUACUGGGACGCCUACUGGAUCAUAGAGGGCCUGUUGAUUUGCGACAUGGACGACACCGCCCGCGGAAUGAUCGAGAAUCUCAUUCAGUUGCUGAAGACCCUCGGACACGUGCCGAACGGUAGCAGGUGGUACUACCAGGAGCGCAGCCAACCGCCCCUCCUAUCGGCUAUGGUAUCUCUGUACAUACGGAAGACGAAAGACCUCGCCUUCCUCAAAGCGAACAUAGAGGCGUUGGAGAGCGAGCUAAAAUAUUGGCUCGACACGCAGACGAUCAACUUUAAAGUAGGUAGGAAGACAUACACGAUGUUGCGAUACUAUGCCCCGAGUUUAGGGCCUCGUCCGGAGUCGUAUUACGAGGACUACACGACGGCACAGCAGUUCGACAGCGAUGAGAGGAGGAAGGAGUUCUACGUGGACAUUAAGAGCGCAGCGGAGAGUGGUUGGGACUUUUCCAGUCGCUGGUUCAUCGGGCCCGAGGGUGGGAACAGAGGCAAUUUAAGCACGGUCCACACCAGGGACAUAGUGCCAGUUGACCUAAACUCGAUAUUCGCGAACGCACUGCAGAACGCCGCUUACUUCAGGGGCCUGCUAGGAGACGUUCGCAAGGGCGCCCAAUGGGCUUACCUAGCGAAGCAGUGGCGCAGGACAAUAGACGAGGUGCUGUGGGACGAAGACGACGGGAUAUGGUACGACUACAAUUUGAUCAGCAAAGGGCAUCGGAAGUACUUCUAUCCGAGCAACCUCGCACCGCUGUGGAUGGAAGCGGUGGACGCUCACCGCGCGAAGCAGCACGCGCCUCGCGUCAUGAAAUACUUGCGUGACUCCGAGGGGCUUAAAUUCCCCGGCGGUGUUCCGACGUCCCUCAUAAAGAGUGGCGAACAGUGGGACUUUCCUAACGCGUGGCCGCCGCUAGUCAGCAUAGCGGUGAACGCUCUGGAGGCGCUCGGGUCGAACGAGGCGAGGCAGAUGGCCUUCCAAGUGGCCCAAACGUGGGUGCGCGCGUGCCUGAAGGGUUUCACGGAGAACAAGCAGAUGUUCGAGAAGUACGACGUGGAGCAGCCCGGCAGGAUCGGCGGCGGCGGCGAGUACGUGGUCCAGACCGGCUUCGGUUGGUCCAACGGCGUGGUCUUGGAGAUGAUAAGCACUUACGGCCUCCAGCUGACGGCGACCGACUCUUCUGAAGAACCACCCGAAGACUCCGCUUCCAAGACGGGAUUAUCGGUAGAGUCCGUGGAGGUAAAC